AUGAAAGUAUCCGCUUGUCGUGCUUCUUUUAGCAAAAUUCUCAAAGAGGCGCAGAAAGUUGUUGUCAUUACUGGCGCUGGCGUUUCCGCUGAAAGUAAUAUUCCUACAUUCAGGGGUGCCGGUGGGUAUUGGAGACGAUACGAAGCCACGUCCCUAGCGACUCCAGGAGCAUUUCGAUCAGAUCCUUCUCUUGUUUGGGAAUUUUAUCACUAUCGACGAGAGCUCGUGCGAAAAUGCUUUCCUAAUAAUGGCCACAAGGCUUUAGCACUUCUCGAGCAGAAACUGGAGGGAGAAAAUAAGGACUUUUUUCUCAUUACGACAAACAUCGAUGGCCUUCACCAGCGAGCAGGGAACAAAAAUGUUCUAGAGCUUCACGGAGCUUUGUAUAACGUGAAAUGCACCGCUUGUAAUUACAAAGGAAUCAACAACGAUUCUCCGAUCGUCCCGGCGCUGGAGGGGAAGGGGCUUCCAGAUCCAAAGCAGGCUCCAGCAAGAAUUCCUGUCAAGGACUUGCCCGCCUGCCCAGAGUGUGGUGGAUUGUUGAGGCCAGAUAUUGUCUGGUUUGGGGAAAAUCUCGACCACGGUGCUAUAAAAAAGGCUUCGCAAAAGGCAGAAGAAGCUGAUUUAGUACUGAUCGUGGGUACUACUUCUGUAGUUUAUCCAGCUGCGAUGAUUGCACCGAACGCGGCGAACAGAGGUGUUCCAGUGGCCGAAUUCAAUAUCGAUUAUUCAAACCACACGUCCGACUUCCAGUUCCACUUUCAGGGACCUUCUGGAACGACUCUGCCCAAAAUGCUCGGGUCAGUCUUCGGAUUUUUCCGAGUCCGGCGCCGCAAAAAUAGUCCUCCACGAGGAAAAUCUCUAACAAAGAUUCUGAAAAAGAGGACCUACAUUGAAAACUUAGGGACAUCCCUAAGUUUUUGA